AUGACAAUCAACUACAAAGACUGUGACAUUCUGAGCGAAAAAUUAUGUGAAAAACACACAGAAGACUUCAAACUCAACUUCAUUACAAAUAGACUUAAUAAAACCUUAAAUCUGCUUGAUGUAUGUCACAGUCUUGAUAAAGUUAUUGAAGCAAUAGGAAAGAAAUUGAAAAAGGUGGACCUAUUUCCAAAUAUCCAACCUGGUACUCUAUUUAAUGUAAACUUAAGUAUGCCAAAGGACCCGACCUACAACGAAACUUUCAUAGAUACCUAUCACAAAGGAGAUGUAUUUUGGCAUUCUACUUUGGAGAAAUAUCCUACUGGUUUCGUCCAUUUUGACAGGGAUAAAAACACUUCUAAAAUGAUUUACUUGUGGAUCUCCAAAUAUGGUAUGGAGUCUUUCUUAGAAGGAUUUCAAAGACACGGAAUGCUUCACUAUAUGAUCACUGCGGAAAACUUACACGCCGGACACGGACUAAACACUACUUGCAAAACUGGAGUUUGUGUUGGAAGGUUAGUCCCGUCGCUAGCAAAGAAAUAUCCAGAUUCUUUCAUGGACCUAGACCUUUAUAGUCUGAAAACACCAAACAUAACAUUUGAAAAGGAUUUAGCCGUUUUGUCAGGAAAGAUAGUUAUGUUCGUUAAUAUCAGGGACCCCCGACCAGGGCUUGGAAAUUUCACUCAAAUUGCAAAAUUGGAUGUGAGUGUGACUUUACGAAUCCAAGUAUACAUCAUGAAUGAAACCAGAAUACGAGGAAAAGUUGUCGCUUUUGAUCCAUAUAUAGAGAAUAUUGACGUUGGUCCUGAAAUUACAGGCUUUGAUCAACAGACAAUAAACUUUAUCCUGCUAGGAGCAGUUGUGGUGACAGCGGAACCUAAACUAAAUGAAUUAGGGGAAAGAGGCUUUUGUAUACCAAUAAUUCAUGCAAAACUAAAGAAUACCACCAUUCAAUUGAUAGACCAUUACAGAACCAUGGGUCUUCUUAUGCUCAUACUGCUGGUCCUGUUUGUCAGGGAAUCCAAUGAAGAAGGGAGUGUUAAUGUUGGUGUUGUUAUUAGGAUCACACAGAACGGCCUCACUUACGAUUAUGCCGAUCUGAACGCAACUGCUGUCAUUCAAGAGAGUGGAUUGAAUAUAACGGUCCAUACUAUUUUGGUAAAUGUAGAUGGAAGAGUAGAGUGUCGCGACAAAGAUGAAAGAUAUGUUCAGUACUGUGGGAUAACGAUGACGAUCACCGGUUCAGGAUAUUUUCUAGGGUACAUAGGGAAAACUGACCAAGGUAGAUUUAAUGUGUGGGUGAAAAAGGAUAAGGGAAGUUGCUCCAUUCCUCCACCAAAUCUUAGGAUCAGAUACACAGACUGUGAAAAACCUAGAGAUUCCAUAUGUGCAACAAAUUCGUCGGAACUCGAAGAAAAAUUUAUAAAGGAACAACUUAAUGAGGACAAGGGUGAUAUAUUGUGGUUUCCUGCUUUGGAGAGUUGCAGUUACUGUUGUAAAAAUGGCACAAUCAAUUAUACUCUUCAUAAUGAUUCAUCAAAAAUGGCGUACGUAUGGAUUUCUAAAGAUGUGGUUCAACAAUUGUUCGAAGGUGUUCAAAGUCAUGGAAUGCUUCGCUUUAAUAUUAUUCCCGAGAUGAACGCUAUUGUCAUAGGAAGUGACGGCAGCUACAAUGGAACUGUACAUUAG